AUGUCUACGAUUUCAAACAGUGAUAAGGACGGCGCGAAGCUUGCACCACCACCAAAGGAAUACCUUGUGAGUUUAAAUAGCCAUUUUCUGUGUUGUAAAGAAAGUUUUUGCCAGUUUUAUAUUUUGUAAAGAAAGUUUUUGUCAUUUUGUGUUUUGUAAAGAAAGUUCUUGCCAUUUUGUGUUUUGUAAAGAAAGUUCUUGCUAUUAUUCAUAAUUUUACUUAAAAUUUCUCUUACAGGACCUAUUCGUCGUGCCAAAGCCAUUAGGUGUGAGGAUCAACAAGACCAGUUUUCGUGUUACCUACGUGGAGACCAACUCUCCCCUACUGAAUCGAGCUUUUGUCGGCGAUCAACUGGUUGCAAUCGAUGGCCAAACCAUCAGAACCCCUGAGGAGUUGGCCAAGAAGUUGUCGGAGAAGAAGCAUACUCACAUGGUACAGUUCAAGCACGCCUACUUCUCGUACUGCGUCUUCUUGGGGUCGAGUGUGGAGAAGUUGCAGUUGGAGAAGGAAGUGCUGAGAACCACCGGUCGGGCUGUCAAUAUUUUUAUGGUGGGUGAUUAUUUUUUGAUUUUUGAUUUUGUGGGGUAGGGUAAGGUUGGUUAGAGUAGAGUAAAGUAAGGGAGGGUAGAUUAGAGAAGACUAAGGUAUUUGAAGAUACAGUAGCACACCAUGAACUACAGUACUCUUGUCUACUUUAUAUCGUAGUAAAAUUUUCAACUUUUCAGAUUCACAUUGCAAUUCCGAACCUCUCUACUGAUAACGAUGAGGAUCGACGCGAUGUACUCCAAUUCACAGUACGGUACGAUGCUCGCGAACGAGUUCAAGUCGCAUACUGUGAUCCGAACGGGUUGGCGGCGAUUCACCUGAAGCCGGGUGAUGUGAUCCGAGAAGUGAAUGAGCAUCCCAUCGCCAGUAAGGCCAUGUUAAGGUACUGGAUUAGCGAGGCGGUGAAUCACAACGAACCAGUCCAACUGAACAUCGAACGACUGGUGUGUGGCGAUGAUGCCAUCAGAGACAUGAUCGAAACUCCACAAGAUGUGCUGGAUAUUGCUCAGAAACAGGUAGGGGUGCUUGGCUAUGGCCUUUUUAUUGAUUUUAUAGGAAGGGGUGUAUGAAAAAAAUUUGAGGCUAUGCACUUUCUUUACAAAACAAAAAAUGGCAAGAACUUUCUUUACAAAACAAAAAUGUCAAGAACUUUCUUUACAAAACAAAAAAUGGCAAGAACUUCCUUUACAAAACAAAAAAUGGCAAGAACUUUCUUUACAAAACAAAAAUGUCAAGAACUUUCUUUACAAAACAAAAAAUGCCAAGAACUUUCUUUACAAAACAAAAAAUGCAAAAACUUUCUUUGCAAACCGAAAAAUGGCAAGAACUUUCUUUACAAGACAUAAAAUGGCAAGAACUUUCUUUGCAAAACAAAAAAUGGCAAGAAGUCUGAAUUUAAAAAUUUAAAAAAUGAUUUUUUCACUUUCAGAUUCAAAAAAUCAAAACCCGCGCCCACCCAACACCGACCAAAAUUCUUCGCCGAACGACCGGUCGAAAAGGCAAUGUCAAGAUGGAAGACAAGGUGAGUGAAGUGGACAUUCACGCCGACCACGACCCAACCAAACUCAAACCUUGCAAAGGCGCCAAGUCCUAA